AUGAAUUUAAGGAGUAAUGGUACAACAAUGGCUCAGGACAAUAGCGAUAACAAUAAUUUCUCUAAUUUGAAUCAAUUCGAAGAUAACUUAGCACUGCCAAGUACUAGUACAGGUUACAGAGGCCAGAGCUCGUCGCUGUUCCGCAUAGCGGAGGUGGACUCCGACGACGACCAGUCGGCGAGCAGCCGGCCGAUAUCGCCGCGCACACACAGCGGCGAGCAGGGCGUCCCCAGCGACCUGGUGAGCAUCGUGCCGACGCCGGUCAACGGCUCGCGGGACUCGCUGGGCGAGUCGCUGCGGCUGGACGCUCCGGUACCAGCCAGCGUCAACACUCCGCCCGAGACCCGUCUACGGAUGACCCUGAGGCGGGCGAGACGCAACGGACGGCCUAGCGUCCGCCGCACGGACUCGAGCGAGUCGCCGCCGCCCAAAGAGCACGAGAGCGCCACCACAUCCGGCACACACAGCGCGACCGUCGCCCGACUGAUGAACGAGACAAACGAGAGCGAGCUGGAGAGCAGCUGCAGUACGGAGGGCGGCGCGUGGCGACCGCCCGCCGCGCUCGGCACGCCCGACAGCGGCGUCGGCACCUUCGCGGGCAGCAGUACGCGCAACUCCCUACCGAUGGACGACGUCUCCGACGAUCCGGAGUACCAGGCGCUAAAGUUCCGGCAGCGCGUGAAGAAGGCGCGCCGCAACUACAGGAAGCACAUGGACUCCGACUCCAAU